AAGCACUGUCUGAUUAGCAGGCUUCCCAGGAGUCAUUACAGCCCAGGUGUGGAUGGCAGUGUUUCCUUUGUCUUCUAUCUUAAAGAUAUUUUGAAAAAAAAAAAAAACUUCACUGUCCUUUUCCUAGGACCAUGUCUUCCAUCAAAAUUGAAUGUGUUUUACGGGAGAACUACAGGUGUGGGGAGUCCCCCGUAUGGGAGGAAGCUUCCAACUCUCUACUGUUUGUAGACAUCCCAUCAAAGAAUAUUUGUCGAUGGGAUUCCAUCAGCAAGCGAGUGCAGCGAGUCGCUGUGGAUGCCCCAGUCAGUUCAGUGGCACUUCGACAGUUGGGUGGCUAUGUUGCCACCAUUGGAACCAAGUUCUGUGCUUUGAACUGGGAAGAUCAAUCAGUAUUUGUCCUAGCCACAGUGGAUGAAGAUAAGAAAAACAAUCGAUUCAAUGACGGGAAGGUGGAUCCUGCUGGGAGAUACUUUGCUGGCACCAUGGCUGAGGAAACGGCCCCAGCCAUUCUUGAGCGGCACCAAGGGUCCUUUUACUCCCUCUUUCCUGAUCACAGUGUGAAGAAAUACUUUGACCAAGUGGACAUCUCCAAUGGUUUGGAUUGGUCCCUGGACCAUAAAAUCUUCUACUACAUUGACAGCCUGUCUUACACUGUGGAUGCCUUUGACUAUGACCUACAAACAGGACAGAUUUCCAACCGCAGAAUUGUUUACAAGAUGGAAAAAGAUGAACAAAUCCCAGAUGGAAUGUGCAUUGAUGCUGAGGGAAAGCUUUGGGUGGCCUGUUACAAUGGAGGAAGAGUAAUUCGCCUAGAUCCUGAGACAGGGAAAAGACUGCAAACUGUGAAGUUGCCUGUUGAUAAAACAACUUCAUGCUGCUUUGGAGGGAAGGAUUACUCUGAAAUGUACGUGACCUGUGCCAGGGAUGGGUUGAGUGCUGAAGGCCUUUUGAGGCAGCCUGAUGCUGGGAACAUUUUCAAGAUAACAGGUCUUGGAGUCAAAGGAAUUGCCCCAUAUUCCUAUGCAGGGUGAACUACAGCUCUUCCUUGCUAUCAGAAGAAAAAGCUUUGAAGAUAACUGAAGAAUUAAGGGACUGAAAUCAAUGAACUUUCAAUCUAGUUUUUUAAUGAUGUGUUGAUAUUUUAGCAUGGUUAAGCUUUAAUUUACACUUUUGAUUGGGUACUGAGGAGUAAACCUAGGGCAUAGCAUAUUAAUGAAGAACAUAUAGCAACAGUGAACUCCAUCCCUGGAUUCCUCUAUUUACAGUUUUUGAAAGGUCAAAGACUUCCCCCAGAGAAUGACAAGUGGUUUUGACAACAUACUCUAGGGCUUCUAUUAAAAAUAAUCCUGUAGAAAUGCAAAAAGAAGUUUAACUAUCAAUCAGCCUGAUGAUUGCAAAUUGCUCUGGGGCUUGAAAUGGGACUGUGUCCAUUCUUUUUCUGCGUUCCAUAAUUGCUAUGCAUAAGGCUUCCAAAAAUCGGCGCAUAGAAACUUAGCGAUAAUUUAUAAUGAUUAUGUGACUCUUCGUGUGUAUUAUUUUACAAACUAAAAUACUGCCAAAAGAUGUUAGUCAAACACUGGGGCACAAUCUGUGGUUCUAACUGCCACCUAGUGGCCAUACAAAUAAAUGCAUCAUAUUGCAAAGAA